GCUCCUACUGAGAGGCAGCACAGUGCAUUUGAGGUGCUUGCAUUCACUUACAGUAUUGACAGGCAAGAAGUAAGAAAGUUAGCCUGAGUUUUGUGAAAAACCGAAAAGACAAGGUUUUUCCAGUUUGCAUAAUAGGAACCUCGGAAGCACCGAGAGAUGGCUGUCGACUGCCCUGGAGAUUUGGGCACCAGGAUGAUGCCAGUACGACGAAGUGCACAGUUGGAGCGCAUUCGUCAGCAACAGGAGGACAUGAGACGUAGGCGAGAGGAGGAGGGGAAAAAGCAAGAACUGGACCUUAAUUCUUCCAUGAGACUUAAGAAACUAGCCCAAAUUCCUCCAAAGACUGGAAUAGAUAAUCCCAUAUUUGAUACAGAAGAAGGCAUUGUCUUAGAAAGUCCUCAUUAUGCUGUGAAAAUAUUAGAAGUGGAAGACUUAUUUUCUUCACUUAAACAUAUUCAACAUACUUUGGUAGAUUCUCAGAGCCAGGAAGAUAUUUUAUUGCUUUUACAACUUGUACAAAAUAAAGAUUUCCAGAAUGCAUUUAAAAUACACAAUGCUGUCACAGUACACAUGAACAAGGCCAGUCCUCCUUUUCCUCUAGUCUCCAACGCCCAAGAUCUUGCGCAAGAGGUACAAACUGUUUUGAAACCAACCCAUCAGAAAGAAGGACAGGAAUUAACUGCUUUGCUGAAUGCACCACAUAUUCAGGCACUUUUACUGGCCCAUGAUAAGGUUGCUGAGCAGGAGAUGCAGCUAGAGCCCAUUGCAGAUGACAGAGUUUAUGAAAGCAUUGGCCAGUAUGGAGGAGAAACUGUAAAAAUAGUUCGUAUAGAAAAGGCUCGUGAUAUUCCAUUGGGUGCUACUGUCCGUAAUGAAAUGGAUUCUGUCAUUAUUAGCCGAAUAGUAAAAGGAGGAGCUGCCGAGAAAAGUGGUCUCUUACAUGAAGGAGAUGAAGUUCUGGAGAUUAAUGGCAUUGAAAUUCGAGGGAAAGACGUCAAUGAGGUUUUUGAUUUGUUGUCUGAUAUGCAUGGUACUUUGACAUUUGUUCUGAUUCCUAGUCAACAGAUCAAGCCUCCUCCUGCCAAGGAAACCGUAAUCCACGUUAAAGCUCACUUUGACUAUGAUCCCUCAGAUGACCCUUACGUUCCGUGUCGAGAAUUAGGUCUGUCCUUUCAGAAAGGGGAUAUCCUUCACGUGAUCAGUCAAGAAGACCCAAACUGGUGGCAGGCCUACAGGGAGGGAGAUGAAGAUAAUCAGCCCCUCGCUGGGCUGGUUCCAGGGAAGAGCUUUCAGCAGCAAAGGGAAGCCAUGAAGCAAACUAUAGAAGAAGAUAAGGAGCCGGAAAAAUCAGGGAAAUUAUGGUGUGCAAAGAAGAAUAAAAAGAAAAGGAAGAAGGUGUUAUAUAAUGCUAAUAAAAAUGAUGAUUAUGACAAUGAAGAGAUCUUAACUUACGAGGAAAUGUCACUUUAUCAUCAGCCAGCAAAUAGGAAAAGACCUAUCAUCUUGAUUGGUCCACAGAACUGUGGCCAGAAUGAAUUGCGUCAGAGGCUCAUGAACAAAGAAAAGGACCGCUUUGCAUCUGCAGUUCCUCAUACAACUCGGAGUAGACGAGACCAUGAAGUAGCUGGUAGAGAUUACCACUUUGUUUCACGGCAAGCAUUUGAGGCUGAUAUAGCAGCUGGAAAGUUCAUUGAACAUGGUGAAUUUGAGAAAAAUUUGUAUGGAACCAGUAUAGACUCUGUACGGCAAGUGAUCAACUCUGGCAAAAUAUGUCUUUUAAGUCUUCGUACACAGUCUUUGAAAACCCUCCGGAAUUCAGAUUUGAAACCAUAUAUUAUCUUCAUCGCACCUCCUUCCCAAGAAAGACUCCGGGCCUUACUGGCCAAAGAGGGCAAGAAUCCAAAGCCUGAAGAGCUGAGAGAAAUCAUCGAGAAGACUAGAGAGAUGGAACAGAACAAUGGCCACUACUUUGACACGGCAAUUGUGAAUUCAGAUCUUGAUAAAGCCUAUCAGGAAUUGCUUAGGUUAAUUAACAAACUCGAUACCGAACCUCAGUGGGUGCCAUCCACUUGGCUGAGGUGAAGGAACAGUCAUUCUGUGGCAGGAGUGGACUUGUUUUGGCAAACUGCCCAGUACUUCAGCAAGAUGGAGGAUAAGAAGGCAGGCAGCAGGAUAAAUUGCAGACUUGUUCUUAGAUCUCCUGAACUUGUGAGAAGGAAGUCCCCAUAGGUGAUUUGUGGGCAUUCUGUAUGCUCUCCAUAUAGCUGUAGGGACUCUUGCUUCCUUUGGGGAUUUUAAAUGGAAACUUUCAACAGAGCAGUUCCAGCUUAUCCUGUUAAAACUUUUUAUUAAUCAGCUAAAAUUUUUCUGCUUGGUCAAACUUCUGUGAAAAAGUUGUGUGCAUGUAUACAGUACACCAUGGCUCACAUAGUUAUAAAUAUUGACAUUAUUUAACACUUAAAUGACUUCUUGGGAAUAUUUUGGGGACUGUGCUUCUGUGCAUUGGGCACAACAGUAUUUGUUAGAAGACUAGUUUAGCAAUCAGAAGUACUUCCUCAGGAAAAAAGUUGCCACUUUGAUUUGGAGCUACUUGUUCAGGCUUGAAUUCAUUUGUGUUCUAACUCAAAAAUAGAAGUUCCAUUAGAAGUCUCAGGUUUUUAGCUCCAACUUUGUGGAUCAGGCCACAUAUGUAGCCUUUAAUGUAGAUAAAGACAAACAAAAUAUCUUAAGGAUACAAUUUUGUGGAAUUUUUGCAAGUGAUUUGACAGCCUUGCUUCCUUUUUCUGAUCUGAAUACUACAAUAGAAUGUGUAAGAUACAUAGUCUCUUCAUGAUGCAGUUUUUAUAUACCUGGGAGAACAUAGCACAUUUGACAGUUUCUGCAUUUUUACAUGUGACCACAGUAUUUGUCUGUAACUGUGCUACAUAUGUAAGACUGGAAUUCUGUUGAUGACUAUAGCUGCUGUAUUUAAUAGAUUUAAUAUUUAAUAGAUCAACAAAUGGUCAUUGAUACUGUUAAACAUUGGAAUAAAAUUACACACCUGCACUCAUGCACUCGGGGAGGAGCAUGACAACUGACUUUGAGAUCAGAAGGAGAGGAAGAUCUGAAAGUCAUUUGAACAUUUUAGGAAAAGAAAUUGGAGGGAAAAGCUGUUAAGCAAGAGAAAAACAUUAUGACCAGAAUGCAACAGCUUGUUAAACUAGUUAGGGUUUUUGUACUGUCUCUAUAGCCAUAGCUUUAAAAUUGUAAUUGGCAUGGAAAGUUAAUUUGUAGUCAUUCCAGGCCUUUAAUGACAGUGGGAUUUGUGACACAGCCUCAAAUGUGAAUGCCUUUAAUUUUAUGAUGACUUUAGCUGCAUUUCCGGUAACCUGCUAGACACUGGAAUAAUACAGACUUAUCACUUAAUUUAACACAAGCAGUUAUUAAUAAGUAGUGUGUCAGCAUCAUGUAUAUAGUUGAUUUUUUUCUCUUCUACAGAAUUUUAUUGGGACAAAUGUAAACAGUUUUUGUGUUGCCUUUUCUGUUCAAACUUGCAUGGCCUCUUUAUUUUAGUUGACUGGGGAGUGUGUCUUUGGAAUAUUUUCAAGGUAUUCCUUAGGAAGCAGAUAAUAUUCAUGGGUGGAGGAAAGGAAUGCCUUGCUACCCUCUCCUCAGGUCUGAAACACUCCAGCUUGUAGCAGGAAAAUGCGAAGACUGCGCCCAUUCUCAACUUUGAAAACCAAGGAGGAUACUUAGCACUUCAUCUUUCUAGUUUUCUGCAUUUUACUUUCUCAGGAAUGAAAGGUAGUCUGUGGCUGACAGUGGAGUUUCGUGAACUGCAUAUAGUAACUGACAACUGUUUUCAAUACUUAUAGUUUGUGUUAGGUUCAUGCAAGGUUUUAGUGUCAGUGAGAGGCUGUUGUGUCACCUGCUGACUUAGGGCCACCACUGCUAAGUCUUGUAAACUCAGGCACAUGGCUUUCAUAGAAAAUCCAAACAAGGCACAUGUCAUGACGCCAGUUCUAGGACCUGUAAGAUAAUGUUAUUUUCAGGGUCACUGACUGGAACCUGGUAGUUCUCUCCUUCCUCAUUCGCAGUGGUUGAAUGAUAGAAGUUUUUUGUCUGUAAAUCCUACUGAUACAAAUGUGCUUGUGUUGGGGGCUGGAGGUUUAGUUCAGCGGCAUAAGCGCCUGUCUUGGAAGCAGGAAGUCAUGAAUUCGAUCCCCAGUACCGAUAAAAAGGAAAAAGACAAAAAAAAAAAAAAAAAAAACCCAAAAAACAAAUGUGCUUGUGUUGAACACAGUCCCUAAAGAAAGUGAACACUUGACUUCCAAAUAUGAGAAAAAAACUUGCUAUACACAUCUAGCUGUACAUCUUCUCCGGCCAGUUUUGCUUCCUGCCCCUCUGUGGUUCAGCUUGGAGACUGCAGGGUCAAGGAAGUCUUAACCACUUAUUCCAAUAGCUAGUGAAAUGUACUUAAGAAAUCUAAGCAAUUAUCUUCAUUUCCUAAAUUUUCAUGAGUCAGAACAAAUGGAAGAACAUAGUAUUUAGAUGAAUCCAGAUUUUCUUUCUAUGGAAUGUCUGGGUUUUUUUCCUUUUCUCACGGCCUAAGGAGUAUUGCUAAGGAAUGAUCUGAAUGUAAUUUUAUGAAUGUGUGUAGAAAAUAUAAACCAGGGAUUUAGCCUUAAUAAAGGUAACCAUUCUGACAUCUGUUGUUAAUCUCCAUUUGUACUUAUCCUGUAUCUACUCGUACUUUGAAAUGUCAUACUGUACACUGUAUUGUAAAAACUGUAUUUCAAAUAAAAGCCACCAAAUACUU